AUGUUGUGGUGCUCCAUUUUUGCUUUACGCACCAGUCUGUGUAAACUCUAGAGACUGUUAUGGUAUCAGCUAUUUCUGAAAUACUCAAACUAGCCUAUCUGGUAUCAACAACCAUGCAAUGGUCAAAGUCUUCUGGUGUAUGAUGUGAACAUGAACUGAAGCUCUCGACCUGUAUCUGCAGGAUUUUUCUAUUGCACUGCUGCCACAUGAUUGGCUGAUUGAAAAAUAAUAUGAACAUCAAUAUAGUUUCUGGACAUCUACCUUCCUACCCUUCAGCCCUAAUCCAACCAAUCUAAUAUAAAUCUGAUAUCAAGUUACAUUUCGGAGUCUGAUUAUAUAUAGAAAUUCAGAAAGAGUUAGUGCUCUUGCCCUCACGCAGUUAGUAAACCACACUAUCUCCCCACAGACAGAAGAGAUAAUCCCCUAACAAUAAAUAUAGAGAAACUGCAGAAAAAUUAAUUGGGAGGAAAAUAUGGAGGACAGCGUUCCAGACUGCAUUUAGUUUUUAAUUUGGGGUUCUAUUACAAUGCAGGGGUCUGCUACAAGAAAUCACACAAAACCUCGCAUUUAAAAUCCGCUUUAGAAUUUUUCAGCUUUUACGUGUUUAGCAAACUUGUAUAACUGUUCAAAGCUCACCUGCUUGGUCUGUUUUGUGUAAAAAAAAUAAAUAAAAUUUAAAAAAUAUCACGAGUUCCCAUCUGAGAAAUGGGUGGUUUGCAUGGUAUAUAAUCUAAUGGGAACCAGGUAUUUCUGAUAAGGUUUCAAAAAGGAAAUAAAAGCAGUUUUAGACGUCCUGCAGGAUCUAUAAUCGCUAAAUCAACUGCUCUGUUUGAGAACACCUUGGAGCUCUGACUUAAGCCUGGACAUGAGCAUCGACGAAAACGAUUCCUUGGCAUCCGGUGAUUAUAAUUAUGAUUAUAAUGACACGUCAUGCAACAAGACCGAACUGAUGCUGUUUGGAUCAGUGGUCACCCCAAUCUUUUUUGCGAUGGUCACGAUGCUCAGCUGUGUGGGCAAUGCAUUGGUCAUAUGGGUGUUGAUUAAAUAUGAAAGUCUGAAAUCCCUGACCAAUGCAUUCCUUUUGAACCUGGCCAUCUCUGACCUGAUCUUUACCUUCGGCCUGCCCUUCUGGGCCUCUGACCUCAUCUUUGGCUGGAUAUUUGGAGUAGCUGUCUGCAAAUCAGUGAGCUUCAUCUUCUACCUGGGCUACUACAGCAGCCUCAUCUUUCUCGUAGUUAUGACCGUGCAUCGCUACAUGGCCGUUGUGCACCCACUGUCUAUGUUAUGGAACAGAUUCGCAUACUAUUCAGUCGGGAUUUCUGCAUUUAUCUGGAUCCUGAGCUUCUGUGUUGCGACCCCUCAUUUCAUCUUCACUGAGGUCCUGACCGAUCCUGACAGGGUCCGGGCUUACUGCGAUUAUAAUGAAAUCUUUUGGAAGCAGGUUGGCAUUUACAUUCAAAACAUCUUCUUUCUCAUUGCCUUCUUCACCAUUGCUUUCUGCUACAUUCGAAUUCUUGGGCGCCUGCUCAGACCCAUGUCACACACCCGUCCCAAAACCGUGAAGCUGAUCCUCUGCAUUGUGGUGACUUUUUACUUGGGUUGGGCGCCAUACAAUGUGUCCAUGUUUCUCAGUUCUCUGAUAUCAUUUGAAAUCUCGCCAUUCAACGAGUGUCAUGUCAGCACCACGGUGGAUUACGUUUUCCAGGUUUCCCGACUGGUGGCGUUCUCUCACUGCUGCCUAAAUCCAGUGUUUUAUGUCUUUAUGGGGGUCAAGUUCAGAGAUCACCUAAAGAAUGCACUGAAGAAUCUCUGCAAGAAAGACGAUAAACCUUUUGACAGACGCCACAGCCAUCUGAUUUAUUCAAAUGGGGAGGAAAUUACCACAUACUAGCCGAUCUUGCAGAAGUUCCUUUAUAGUAGGAAAGCAGCUAAAAGUGCCCGUGAGCUUUCACGUUUCCUCAGAUAUUUUGCAUUUUGUUUUUUCUUAUUCUGCAUCUGUUCAGUGAAAUAUUUUUAAUACAAGGACCUUUUCGCAAUCAUUACCUUAAGGAUUGAAAUCAAACCUUUCCAUGUAAUAUAUAUUUGUUUCAAUACUAAUUUGUUUGAAUACUUAAUUGUUCUGAUAUCAUGUACUAUAAAAAAAAUGAUUUGUACAGAACCAAUAUAUAUAUAUUUUUUUUUUACUUAUAAUGUUUGUAAAGUGUUUCUAUGCUUAUAAUAUUCAUGCACUAUACAUUAUACAUAUUCAUUACACUUUAGAUAAACUGUGAAACUGUGGGACAUGUGACCGAUCUCACUAGUUUCUUCAUUUCUACAUGUCUUCUGCUUUCAUUUCUCCAGCCCAGAGAUUAGCUUGCACCUACACACCUUUGCCAUAAAAGUCAACCCAUACACCAUACAGAGUUUCAACAGAGGGCUUGGGUUGGAGUUGAAGACCUGUCAAUAUUUUCAUGGCAUUUACAAUUCAUCUCUCAGACAGCAGGGGGCUCUAAAAAAAAAUCAUGUGCAACAUCAUGAGUAAAUUCUGUAUUUGAUUUAGCCUGUAUUUAAAAUGCUUAAAAGACCGAAUAAAAUGUCAAAUAAAAUGCUUGUGAUUAUGUGUUUAAUGAAUAUUUAAUAAAAUAUGAAAAAUGUU